CCUGCCCAAAACCGUUAAAAACAACCCUCCCCGCGGCCGGGCUCCCGCGGCGGCGAUGUUCCGGGGAGUCCGGGCUCCCCUGCAGUCGGUCCGAGAGGAGCCUGGAAGUGACGGGGCCCCUUCGCCCUCCCCACAGCAUCCGCGCAAGCUACAGGCAGCUGCCAGCAGGAGCCCUGCUUCCAUGGCGGGGCCGGGGUGCUGACGGGGUGGCCGAGAGGGGCCCUGAGCUCCCCGCAGACUAGAGCCUGCAGCGGGCCCACCAACUCUGCUCCCGGACGGGUGGGGCUCCGCGUCCGUUCCCCGGGCCUAUUUGUCCCCCCCCCAGUCGGCCCGGCCGGGCCGGGUGCCGCUCUCGACGCUGGGUGGCGCUGCAGCCCCGCACUCCCGGCUCCGAGAAGCCAGAGCGAUUCCUCCGCCCUGCGCCAUGGCCGACGUGGAGGACGGAGACGAGCCGGGCGCCCCCCACUCUCACCCGGGCUCCUCGGGCGCCAAGGCGGGCGCUGCCGACAAGAUGUUCUCGCUGAAGAAGUGGAACGCGGUGGCCAUGUGGAGCUGGGACGUGGAGUGCGACACCUGCGCCAUCUGCCGGGUACAGGUCAUGGAUGCCUGUCUUAGAUGUCAAGCUGAAAACAAACAAGAAGAUUGUGUUGUUGUCUGGGGAGAAUGUAAUCAUUCCUUCCACAAUUGCUGCAUGUCCCUAUGGGUGAAACAGAACAAUCGCUGUCCCCUCUGUCAACAGGACUGGGUGGUCCAGAGAAUAGGCAAAUGAAAACAUUGGCAGUUUUUCUGUUCAACUUGUUUGAAGCAAUAUAUGUCUGAUGCCAUAUAUCCAUAUGAAAGGGAGGAACACUCUAACUGUGGCAUGAUUCGUUCAAUUUAUAUCUGUUAAAAGAAUACUGUGGUUUUGUUGUGCUUGAACACGCUCUAAUGUGUUGGUGUGCCAUUUUGUCUGAUCUUAUUUCAGCAUCCUUCCACAGCUAAGAACAUAGGCACGCUACCUUAGAGUCUGUCUGUCUGUCAAUGUUCUGGUGUGAAUUGUAUUAACUGCUUAGAAAUGCUGUGGUGCCGAAAAUACACAAUUACAAUCUACCACCAAACCACCAUAAAUAAUUUUGCCUGACCGUGAUUUUUUGACUUAAAUAAAUAGUGUGUGAAACAUUCA